AUGGCCGCCGAUAAACAAAGUCUCCCCAUAUUUUCCCAACGAUCUCUCAUUGAAAUCGAAAAACCCACUCCCCAAAAGAACUUUUCAGUWGYGACAUACAAUACUCUAGCUGGAAGUAUCUUUCUCCCAAGCACUGGUUAUAAGUACUGUGCCGAGCCGUUCAAGAAACGAGAGUCAAGCGAGGACCACCGUCACAAAUUACUUAUUGCAGAGCUUGCAUGGCUGAAUGCUGACAUUGUAUGCCUUCAAGAGGUUGAUGCAAAGUACUACCACAAUAUUCUAGCCCCAACGCUUCUAGAGRCAGGAUACAAGGGUUUCUUCAUUGCCAGAUCAGAUAAAUAUGAACAAGGUCUUGCCUCCUUCUAUAAGACUGCAAUGUUUGAGGUUGUGGAUCAUAAAAUUGUUCAAAAUUUUGACGUUAUCCAACAAUUAUGUAAAGAAUGUGGAGAAGACRGCCUGCUUGAACACUUACGCAUUCCGACCUAUGUAUUACUCAUGGCAUUAAGGCACAAAGAUAGUGGGAGACUCUUGGCAAUAGGAAAUGUUCAUUUAAAGUUUGAUUGGUAUGGCUAUACUAUACGGCAACUAUUAGAGUGUUGCUUGGCUAGCAAGAUUUUAAAGGACUUUGUAGACACACUUGUCAAAGUCAAUGAUGGUCACAYAGUGUCAUAUAUAUUGUGUGGAGACUUUAAUAUUGAGCCUAAUUUUCCUGCAUACAAAGUACUGUCAGCAAAGACACUGUCGGACGAGGAUUAUAAACAAUUGGAAAAGAACGACUAUGUUCGWUUUACCAGUGAUUUAUCGGAUUGGCCAGACCCCAGUGAAUACAUUGGAAAGAUUUCUGAAAAUGAAUCAAGAGUGCUGUCCAAGUUCAAGCCUUUCUUUAAAAAUUCUUUGUUAACAUCAGAGAGCACCUACAAAGUAGUUUUGGGCAAAGAACCAGAAUACACAAAUUUUGAAACCAUAGAAGAAAGCUGGGCCUUGGAUUACCUGUGGCAUUCGUCCAAUACCCUCCAGCCAACAGCAGUCCUUGAUAUGGUGCCCAUAGCUAAAGUCCGUCAUCUCAUUGGCUUUCCUAAUGAACACUUUUCUUCAGAUCACUUAUCGCUUAAAGCUUGCUAUAAUUUCAAAAAUUGAAAAAUGGUUGAAAAGAAUUUCUAAGGGUUAUUUCAUACACAAGCCUUGUUUCCAUGGCCUUCUAGAUAUUAAAGUCCGUCAUCUCAUUGGCUUUCCUAAUGAACACUUUUCUUCAUAUCACUUAUCGCUUAAAGUUGGCUAUAAUUUCAAAAAUUGAAAAAUGGUUGAAAAGAAUUUCUAAGGCUUAUUAUUUCACRCGAAAGCCUCGUUUCCAUGGCCUUCUAGUUUCACAAGCAAAACAACCUUCUAGUUCCACACUGGGAAUGAUGUUAUUUUACAAUAUGAAAACUUAUGAGUUAUGACACUAAGUGUAAUUAAUAAAUAUAUAUAAAAGUUACUGCACCUCUUUUAUAUUGAGUUUUUUAAUUCACAAUAUUUUGAAAGUAGUUAUAACUGGAGCACACAAAAAAAAGAAUGCAAAAAUUACUGGAAAAUAUACAAAGUAUUUUUCCUUCAAUAAUCUGAUGUUUACUGAUAUUUUUAUUUAUUCAUGGACUGCGGAGCAGGGGGGACUGGGAGGCUACAGCCCCCCCCCAAUAAUUUUUCCAACAUUUUGAAUUUUCUUAAAUAAAGAAGCGAAGAGCCUCCUUAUGAAAUUUCACCAU